AUGAGCGCAUUUACGGGCUACCUGGUCUUUGCAGCCGCGCUCCUCGCAGCGUACGCGAGCGCCGAACAGCACACCAUCUCGAUCACGAACAACUGCGGGCAUGGAAAUCCGGUGUUGCUGGUGAACGGCACGAACAUGAGCAUCCCUGACAACAGCUUCACGGGCUCCGGCCCGCUCUCCGCCAUAACAUGGCUCGAGUCGAGCGGAUGCUCGUUUGGCGUUGGAAACUGCACGGUGGUCAGCACUGUGCUGAUGAACAACAUCACAACACAGUUUCAAGGGUCGCAGAUAGCCGUGUACUUGGACAGGAUUACACCAGCUAUCGAACCUGUCUGCGUGGAGUACACGAACGGCUGUGAUGGUCUGGGAUGGACCUGCGAAGAUGAUGCGGGAUGCACCAACUCAAACACGACCGAGCCUAUCUGGGGAAAGGUGCUGCCGUGCAAGGCGCAAGAUGUCAACGUCAAUAUCACCUUCUGUGAAUGCUCCGCGACCACUUCAAACACCUCGCCGUCGUCCACAUCGUCGUCAAGUGCUGCAGCCGCUGCCAUCGCCGGCGAGUCCACCUCUUCAACAUCCUCCCACGUCGGCGCAAUCGUGGGAGGCACGCUCGGUGCAGCAGCAGCCUUGCUCCUGGCUGGGGCCGGAUACAUUGUCUGCCGCCGUCGCAAGACACGGUCGAGAUUCUCUCCUGCGCGGGCAAGGGCAGAAGCUGUCGUACGGAUGGAGAACAUGCGGCGUGGGCCCGGGGACUCGCUCGGACAGGUAGAUUGGGGAAGGGACGUUAAAGCGCCUGUCGCCGCUUGA